CAGAACAGCUGACUCGUCUCUCAGCCAGCGCCACGGUGAGGAUGGAGAACACUACUUGAAAUAACAAAGCCCAAUGACAGAUCAAUGGAAGCGCUGUGGAGGACGUUGAAGCACGUGACCGGAGAGAAGAAGGCGCGCUGGUACCUGCCGGAGCGGUCAGAGGUCAGAGACGCAGCUGCCCAGAUGAGUUGUGGAGCACCGAGGAGAGAACAUGGCGACCACAACACUCGCCACAGACCUGAGCUGCAGAGACUCACUUUGGAGAGUCAGAGUCAAUCGGACGGAUCCGACUGGAACCACAAGCAGGAGAGCAGCAUUGCUGUGGUCCUGCCACAGAAAACACAAGAUCCGGACGAAGCACUCAUCACACCAACGGACGACAAAGCUAAAGUGAUCAAGGUUUUCCUCGAGAAUCGUCCUGAGGCAGCACAGAGCGUCAGGAUGUUGACAGAUGAGGUGUCUCAGAUCCAGGAGGUGAGGUACUGUCUGAAGACGCUGAGGGAGCAGAUGGCAGCUAAACAGAGCAUCAACAACAAAAAGUACCCAGCCAAUGGUUACCAUGUGAGCAUGCACAACAUCCACCCUGCUGUCACCAACGGCAACGCACUGCACGUCGAUCAAGAUUCUCAUGUGGAGAAUGAUGAGGAGAGCGCCACCCUCAGGCAAGCCACCAAACGUUUGUACGCACAGUUAAAGGAAAUGGAGAAGCGGCACCAGGAGGAGGUGGAAAGGCUUCAGGUGGAGAACAACAACUACAAAGUGCGAAUUGCAGAGCAAUCGAAGCGACUGAGACACACUGAGGAGCAGUCGGAGGAGAAGAGUCACCAGGUGGAGGAGCUGCAGAGGCUACUGGGAAGUCUGGAGCUUGAGAGUGGACUUCUGAAAGAGAAAGUAGCCGCAGGAGAGGCAGAACUCUUGCAGCUGAGGGCCGAGAGGGAGGAGGAGCCGUCGACAGAGAGAUGUGAAGAGCUGGAGAAGGAAGUGGCUGUGCUGAAAGAAAAGCUCCAUCACCUCGACGACAUGUUGAAGAGUCAGCAGAGGAAAGUUCGCCACAUGAUUGAACAGCUGCAGAACUCUCGCACCGUCAUUCAGGAGAGGGAGCGGUUCAUCCGGGAUCUGGAGGAGAAGAUGUCCUUCCUGGAGGCCGAGAACCGUGAGAUGCACGACCACAUGGACUACUUCCUGUCAGAGCAGGAGCCGCCCCCACUGACGUCCACGGAGAAGAAGCCACAAGUCAUUUACAGCAAGCAGCUCAUGCCCACUACACACAGCAGCAAGUCUCUUCCCUUCAUUAAGGUCAUCGAGAUCAAGUCCUAAAGCGCCAGCACUGACCCUCCCUGCCACAUCUUAGGUGCUGCUGCUGCUGCUGCUUCAGCACACGUGCGCCUCCAUGAUAGCCCUGAUGCAGACAACCCCCUCAUUUUCCUGAGUGGCUGACAGCGAAAUCCAAAAGCAGAGCCACCAAACUGCAGUUCAGGUGAAUAUUUACUGUUGAUGCCUGGCAAAAAGGACAAGACUACCACUACCCUCAAAGAACUUGACUUCAAACUCACCUCUGGACACCACACCUCUCACAUUCUCAACAUUUGGACCGGAGAAGAGUGAAAGGUCACGUCACCUCACGUCACGUCACCUGUUUGGACUCACAGUGAAGGAGCCGUCUGGAGGUUCCUUCUCGGAACGCGGGGAUGAACUGCCGACCAGCUGGAUUACAUUUAAUGCUGAACAGCAUAAAGUCAAGUCUCAGCUCCAGUGCAGGUUUGAAAGGUGGUUAGCCUUGGGUCGCCGUGUGAUGCAGUGAAAGAAUCUAGACAGUCAAAUCAGUGCUAUCAUGAUCAAACCUGAUGAAGUGGCCGGCAAGUGUAUUAAGUUUGAUGUAAAUAGGUGUGUAAAGAAUGUUAUUUAACCAGUUCUAGAGUUUGUCUAAGAGAUAGUUGUGAAUAGGAGCUGCUCCUCUGCUGCAGGUGAGAACUUCCGACACACAGGUGCGGAUGGCAACUUUGCUCAUACAGUGAGUUAUAGCAACCAUGAUGAUGUCACACAACUGUUACACUGACUCAUAACUUGAAUUCUCCGUCAUAACCUUAAACGUUAACUUGUAGACGUUUUCUGUUGCUUUUAUUUAACAUCAAUAAAGAAACUAUGCUCUCA